AUGGACCGCUUCCUCCGCUACACCCUAAAACGCAGCACCCCCGGCCACAUCUUCCGCUUCGGCCUCAACAGCCUGGGAGUAUUCUGCGCAUGCACACUAAUCUGGGAGCACCUGAUCACGGUACAACUGAGCGAAGGGCCCUCAAUGUACCCGACCUUCAGUCCGCGGGGCGACUACCUUCUCAUAUCGCGAGUGCACAAGCACGGGCGCGGAAUCCAGGUCGGGGACGUGGUGCGGUUCUAUCAUCCGACGUUUUUGGGGGUCAAUGGGGCGAAGAGGGUUAUUGGGUUGCCGGGGGAUUUUGUGUGUAGGGAUUUGCCGUUUAGUAGGGAGGUUGGUGGGGAGGGGGAGAUGAUUAGAGUUCCUGAAGGUCAUGUUUAUCUUGCUGGGGAUAAUUUGCCGUGGUCGAGGGAUUCUAGGAAUUAUGGACCUAUACCCAUGGCGCUUAUUAAUGGGAAGAUUAUCGCAAGGGUGUGGCCGCUGAAUAAAAUUGAGUGGGUGAAGAAUACGUUGGAGGAGGCCAAUUUGUCGGGAUAA